AUGAGAAGAGAAAUGCAAAUAAUAUGCAUGCAAACAUCCCAUCUCGUAUCCACUCUCAAACUCAGCUGCAAAACCAGCGCACACAUCCACCAAGUCCAUGCUCAAGCCAUCACCAGAGGCCUCUUCUCUCUCUACCCCUCUCUCCUUCUCUCUCACAUCCUCCAUUCCUUCACUUUCUCACCCCAACACCACACCACCAAUCAUCACAUCAUCUACUUCACCAACGUUUUCACUCUCAUCCCAAACCCCUCUACUUUCAACUACAACACCAUUAUCCGCGCACACACCACCCUCCGCUCUCCUCACACCGCCUUCAUUUUCUUCCUCCAAAUGCGCCGGAGAUCGAUCUCCCCGGAUUUCCACACUUUCCCCUUCCUUCUCAAAGCUUGUGGGGCUUUGCACAACUCGCUUCCGCUUGCGAGGGCUCUUCACGCUCAAGUCAUGAAAUUAGGGUUUUUGGAUGAUGUGUUCGUGCGCAAUUCGCUUUCCUCCGCCUACUGCAGGUCCCGCGACGUUGAUGGGGGGAAAGGGGUGUUUGAAGGGAGCUUGUUUAGGGAUGUCGUGAGUUACAAUAUUAUGAUUGAUGGCUUUGUCAAGGCUGGAGAAAUUGAUCGUGCUCGUCAACUGCUAGACGAAAUGCCUGAACGAAAUGCGGUUUCUUGGGGCACCCUUUUGGCAGGGUACGCGAAACUGGACCGGCCAGUUGAGGCCAUUGAGCUGUUUGAUAGCAUGAUUGCUUCGCAGGUGAAGUUCGACAAUGUUGCUCUGGUGUCGGCGCUCUCGGCCUGCGCGCAGCUGGGGAAGAUGGAGAAAGGGAAAGAGAUACACGAAUACAUAGAGAGAAAUGGGAUUGAGUUGGACGCCUACAUAGGAACCGCCUUGGUUGAUCUCUACGCAAAAUGUGGCUUCGUUGAAACGGCUAAGCAAGUUUUCGCGUCGUGUCGCGAGCAGAACGUUUCGGUAUGGAAUGCAAUGCUGAUGGGAUUGGCCAUCCACGGCGACGGCGCGUCGCUGCUCCAACAUUUUUCAAGAAUGCUAGAAGACGGCAUCAAGCCGGAUGGGGUGACGAUUCUGGGCAUCCUCGUGGGGUGCAGCCACUCCGGCAUGAUCAACGAGGCUAAGAGUGUUUUCACGAGGAUGGAGAGUGCGUAUGGCGUGGCGAGAGACCUGAGGCACUACGGAUGCAUGGCUGAUCUGCUUGCGCGCGCAGGGAUGAUAAGGGAAGCUGUGGAGAUGAUAGAGGGGAUGCCGAUGGGAGGGGACGUGUUCGUGUGGGGAGGGCUGCUCGGAGGGUGCAAGAUACACGGGGACGUGGAGGUGGCGGAGGAGGCGGCCAAGCAUGUGAUGCGGGUGAAGCCGGAAGAUGGCUCCGUUUAUUCAGUUUUGGCGCAGGUGUACGCGAAUUCAGGGCGUUGGGACGACGUGGUGAAGGUGCGGAGGUUGAGAGAGUGCAGAUGGGGGAUCAGGAAGAGCGCUGGGUGGAGCUUGAUCGAGCUAGAUGGGGUGGAGCAUGAGUUUGUUUCUUGGGAUUGCUUGCAUCCCUGCACGGAACAUAUAUACUUCGUCUUGAACACUUUGCAGCUGCAUCACUACCAACAACUCUAGUAUCGGAACCUUUACUUUUUUAGUUGGCAGCUGAGCAAAAGCUCUGAGGCUCGGUUUUUUAAUGAUGUUAUUGUUAUAAAAGAUGCAUCUUAUUAAUAGAGUGUUGUGUAUUGAGAUUGUAAUUGUUGCAUUAUAGUGGUAGCAAAUGGAAAGGAGAAAGGAACUUCACUGAAA